GUGGAGUUGAGAUACCUUCAGGCUGCUUUCUGCAAGCUGGAUCUCCAGAAGAGAGAUGGGCAGACUCGCAGCGCCAGAUAAAGCGUCCUUCCAAAUUGGUCGGAGGCUCGAACUGAAGGAGAUGUGACUUGAGGCUUAAACCUUGAAUAUUGGGCUUGUGGUAUACCCAGAAUUUGGCGUCAGGUGCGGCAUUUUCCAAUAUACUGAAGAGGCUGGAAAAGACACCAACUCCGUCCCGGCCCUUUCACACAAUGCUGUUGCUGAUCUUCCUCCUCUCGGCGAGCUGGAGUAACCUGCCCACAAACGGAGAGGUGGUGGACUCCUUUGAAGAGACUUGUCCCCAGUUUUUUCUCCGAGAAACCCCACCAGUUAUAAGGCACCCUCCACGCUCUGCCCGGAUUUGCCAGCGUUACCAAAACUUGUAUCGCUUUGCCACUUUGUACGACAAAGACAACCGCGUCCCAGUAUAUUCGGCGUAUAUCUAUAAACCUGGGACGGCUAAGAGGCCCAAAAAAUGGAUGAUUGAACCUCAGCUCAUCAAUUCCUCUUACCAACCAGAAAUGGAAACAGAAGGGGAAUUCCUGAAUCAAAAGGGUCCCAAAGAAGCUCUGAAGGACAGCCAGGCCAUCUUGCAAGACUACAAGAACCUGACCAGUUACAACAGAGGCCACCUGAAUCCAAACGGGCACCAGCCGGACUACGCCGCCAAGUCGUCUACUUUCACCCUGACGAACAUCGUCCCGCAGUUCAUAAAGCUCAACGGCGGAGCCUGGAACAACUACGAGCAAACCACCAUGAUUCAGAUGACCAGAGGGUGCCAGGAGACCUUUGCGGUGGUGGGGGCAGUGCCAGGAAACACCUACAUAUCUGGCGGGAGGGUCAACAGGCCCAGCCAUUUGUGGUCUGCGGCCUGCUGUGUGAUAGACAACAAUCAUCUGAGAUCCUGGGCCAUCCUUGCUAGGAAUGACCAAAACGUGGUGGAAAAAAUCACUCUGGGCCAGUUGGAAAACCGGCUCGCACGGCUGUAUAACGUGAAUCAUGUCUCUCUGUUUCAUGGUGACUGCCCCCGGCAAUAAACUAUGUCUCUCUUGCACCAA